GAAGAAGCAGUGACACCCGCGCCCAUCUCUCUCCACAGCCGCUGCCAUUAGGGGUUUUGAGAUGUCCCUCAAGUGCCAUAUGGUGGCCACCAAGCUGUUAGCUGGCAUCUCUCUUUGAUGGGCACCCUGCAUCCCCUGGAGUUCACUGUGCAGACAGCUCUGCACCCAUGUGGGUGUUUGCGCACACCUACCCAUUGACACCUGUCACCCGCGCACUCACCACUCACCCACCUGCCCUCCUGCCUCCUGGUGUCUCUUCCAUGCACCCACCCACCUGCCUGCCACUUGUCUCUAUCCAGGCGUGGCCCUCCUGCCCACACGUACCUGCCAUCUCUCUCUCGCGAUAGCAUCUACUAACCUAUGACCUUAGGGAACACAAGUGAAAAGCCACGGUUAAUUCUGUCUGUGAAGUAGCCCAUCCCCUGUGGGUGUCGUGUCUCUAUGGUGGCAUCCCCCACAGGGGCACCUCUCUCUCCAAGGCAUCUCCCAAUGGUGUCACCUCACCCCUGGUGACAUCCCCACAUGGACAUGCCCACAGAGCCCCUAUGUUGACAUGGAGUCUGCCUCACUGGGGGCAAGGAGAGCAGGCACCUGGCUGGGCUCUGGGGAAGUGGGCCCAGUUUCUCUGGCCCCGCCCCAGGAUGUUGCCACGCCCCUGCUCACACGGGCUGUGUCCCCUCCUGCCUGGGACCUGCACAGGCACCGUGCCAGCGUCUGCCUCUGGGGGUGCCCCUGGCCCUGGAGUGGGUUCUGGAGAAUAGGCUGCUGGGGCGUCUCCAGUCCCUCUGGGGGCUCCUUGUGGUCUCCAGGGAACGGGCUUCCGGGGCAGAAGCUUUUCUCCCAGUGCUCCUGGCUUCCACCAACCGGAGUCCUGCCUUGCUGAACAUGACCUCCGCUCUGCUCUGCCAGGGGCUGCGUUUCUGCACAUCUCCCUGCCUGGGGAUGGAAGUCACAGGGUCAAGGGGAUGGUUCCCACGGUGCUUGUGUGUCUCCUGCCUCCAGGUCUAGUCUGGGAUGGACACAGGCAUUGGCUUUUUUAAGCCUUAUAGGUUAAUUAUUAAAUUCUGUCUUGAUACAAAUUAAAGAUGUGCCUGGAUUUGGGGAGUCGGGCAUUAUCAUAAUUUAGCGUAAAAGCCCCGACUCCGGCUGCUUCAACAGGAAAGGCUGCUGGCCCCAUGUGAGGUCACAGCACUGCAGGCCUGCGCCCCUUCCAAGCCCACAGCUGCCGGGCUCACCCACUGGGGAGUGACUGCACCCCCGCCACCGUCCCACCACUGACUGGUGUGCUUGGGCCACAUGUGGCACUGGUCCCACAGGGGCUGGUCACAGGAGGAGGCCACACCCAAGAGCCUGCUGCGCUCUGAUGCCAGGCACCUCAGGAGCAGGACAUGGGGGCCUUGGGGAGGUGGUGGUGGCGGCCUGUCUUCUCCAGGCUCCACCAGGUGGCAGAGAGGCAGGAGGCUGCACCUUUUCCUAGGGCCAGACUCCUGCUGCAGGUGGAUGCCCCCUGGCCUGGCUGUCUUCCUCUGUGCGAACGACUUCCUGGGUUGACCUGCCCCUUCCUCCCUGGGACAGGAAGAGGUGCGCGGAGAGGACAGCAGGCAGGCACUCUGAGGUGGCUGGCAGCUGGGUUUCCUCUUGAAAGAAUCCCCCUGGGGAAAGUUCUGCUCAGACCAGGGCAUUUCUCUGGACGAAGGCACAGCAGCACGAGGGCCAGACCGCAGCCUGAGAUGGUGUUCAGCUCUUAAAUAACCACGCAGACCUAACACCACUGAAGAUAGCGUCAAAACCGUGUCCCCUGCCCAGGAGGUCACCUCUACCACUUGACCCUCUCCUGUGAGAGCCGCAGCUGCUGCUGGUGGACCCCUCCCUUCUGCCGACCCGCACCCUCCUUGGACCCUGAGCAGCCUCUGUCCGUGUGGAGAGUCCAGGGCCUGGGGCACUUGCAGUGCAGUGGCUGUGGGUUCGACACUGGAUGCCACUGUUUGCCGCCUGGGAUGGACAGGCUGGGUGGCAGGGUUUCAAGGAAGGACCACAGGAAGAAGUUGGCAGUGCCACGGCUACUCAGCCUCCCAGGGGGCAUGUGCGGGACUCUAGGCCACCUCGUCUGCCAUUGCUCCAGAUGACCCGUAACACACCUGGGCAUUCGAGGCCACCUUGGGUGCGCAGGGCCAGCAGGCCCUCUAGGAGUGGGGCUGUCCCUUGCCUUGUCCCUGGAGGGCCCAGGAAACUGGACCGCUGUGUGUUUGCUGCGGCAGCGAUUCCACCCAGGCAGCUCCAGGGCUUCUCUGCUGACGCCUGGACUCAGACCUGGACUGACGCCCCCAGCAUGUCACAGACAGACUGACUCGACGGGGGCUGGGGGAGGCGCCAGGCAGGGGCCCAGGGCCAGGGCAGACUUCUGAGGAGUGGGCAAGAGCGCAGCGUGGCAGGCCUUUGCCUCGCAGCACAGUGCUCUACCCCUGAGCCCCAGCCCCAGCCCCGGGUUUCUUUUAAGGGAGGAGCGAGACUGCCCUCCCUGAUCAGCUCAGCUGCCCUGGCCAGGGUCGGGGGAGGGGAGGAAGGGACGGAGCCCAGAGGAAGGUGUCCCCACUGAGGUCCCUGCCUCCCUCAGCUGGCUUGGGAUGCCCGGGAGGAGCCUGAGGCCCAUGGCUGGUGCAGGGCCAACCCUGUGCCCAGUGCUCUCCCUGUCCCCCGCCUCCCGGCAGGUUCUUGCAGUCACAUGUGCCUGAGCGUCAGGCUGGCAGGGCCAUGAUGUCCUCUGAGAAGGGAGGGGCCCGUCCGGGUCCUGGGUUGCCAACAUCAGAAUCCUCUCUGGCACAUUCAGCUGGAAAAGGAGUUUGAAAGGAUGGCAAGGAGUGUGCAGCCUUAUUAGGAACCAGAGAAACAGAUGGAAGCUUCCAAGAGCCAGCCAUGCCUGAGAGUUUGCCGAGAACUGCCCCCUGCACCCCCUGCUGCUGGGCCACCCUGUGCCCUCGCACAGGAAGGCUCUCCUUGUGAGAAUGGCCCCUCUCCUCCCUGGAGACGGCCACUUGCUCCACGUCACCCUCCAACACACAUGCCUGCUGAGCCAAGCUGCCUCCUGUGUGAGGUCUCACCAGGGUCAGUGACCUGGGCAUUCUCAAACACUGACAGGCCAUUCAGAAGACACGGGACAAUGAAAAGGAGCAAAUUAUGGAGGCACACAUCAGCCGAGGGGUCUCCAGAAACCAAAGGAAAGGCGGAAGCCCACAGACCACACAGUUCUGGGACCAAACCCAGGGCCUCAUGCCUCCUGAGCAAGUCCCCCUGGAGCUCCCCCUGCCCAGAGAAGAUGUCUGAUUGAGGCAGAAAUCCAAGGUGCCCAGGACCAGGACGGGCGCAGCCACGCAGGCACCCUGGGCCGUGGUCCUGCACUGGAAGCCUCCUGAGAACAGGGGGAGAGCACUGUCCAGAUCGAAGCCUGUAGCCUGGGGACACAGGUGCCGCUGCCUGAGCCUUGUCCCCAAGUGUCCCCUCCUGGGCUGAGCAGGGGUGUGGGCAUCGGGGAGACGAGGGACCUCAGCGCAGAGUCUCCCUGGCUCCCUGGUGUCUGAGAGGCCGGCCCUGGGCCGCGACUCCCCCCCUUCCCGCCCCUGCUGCGUGGAGAGGGUGAGAGCAACUCCAGGAACAGCUGCAGACACCUGGCCCCACUGCUCCCUGCUGUGUCCCCUGCAGGGCGCCUGCUGCCCCAUGACCACCCACCCGCAGGUGUCCACCCUCGUCCUGUGCAGAGGUCACCAGCACAGCAGGUUCCAGAGGAGGUGGAGGGUCUUGGGCUCUGCUCUGACAUGAGGAAGGGGCUGGGCCAGGCCCCCCGGGACCGUGCAGCUGAUGCAGGCCACUGGGUGUCGCCCGUGGCGCUGGCAGGACGGGAGGGAAGCCCACGGCCAGCUCUGCCCCUCCUGGUGCCUGCAGCCUGCACUGCUUCCCCUCCCCGUCUCCCUACUUGGAAGUGGCUGUGCUCUGGGACUCUGCCUGUUGUGGGCCCAGAGAAGCGGUGCGUGUGGCCUCCAUGCCAAGUUCAGCAGCACCAGGACCGCUGUCACCCUCUGCCCCUCCCCUGCCUGAGGUCUGUGGCCACAGCUUCUGGGGCACUUGCGGGACCCUUCAUCCUUCAGACGUCCCCUGCACAGACAAAGCCUCUCCUGCUCCCCUUGACGUGAAAAACCUCCCACGAGUCAUCGUAGCCCUGUGUGUGCAUGUGCACAUGUGUGCGUGUGUGUGCGUGUGCGCGUGUGUGCGUGUGUGUGUGCGUUGCGUGUGCGUGCGAGUGUGUGUGUGUGUGAGCAUGUGUGUGUGGAGAGUGAAGAAUGUAGGUUCUAGAAUACAGAGUCCAGUGCUUGGCACUGGAACUUACCUGCCACUUAAACUUGGGUUUCCAAAACUCAAGGUCACGCAUGCCACAUCACAGAAUGUCCCCUGGAGCACAGGCCCUUACAGCCAUAGUCCAGGCUCGAGGAGAAAGGGCCGAAGGGAUCACCUGUCGGCUGGGGCAGCACACCUAAGGCCUUUCUGGAAGUCCCACCCUGCCACUCACUCGCACGCUCCUCUGCGAGGAGCUGGGAACGGUUCAGGGUCACCCACGGCUGGGCCAUCGUGGUGGGUGUGGCAGAGAGAGGAGGGAAAGGACGCUGCGCAGGUGGCGGGCAGGAGGCUCCCUGCUCCACUCUGUCUGGGCCCCUUUUCCUUUCCUGGGCUUCUGGCUGUCCGGCCAGUGUGGUGGUCCAGGCCUGCAGGACUUGGCACCGGGUCUGGAGGAAGGCAGAGACCCGUCCAGUGCCCUCAGGUCCUCAGGGUCAAGGUGGGUCUCCCUGUGCCUGUUUGCAGGUCAGCAUCCACAGGCAGGUCCAGGCCGGGUCUGCUGCCCAGGGCCAGGGUGUGGGCCCCAGGCUGCCAGGGUGGCACGGCCUCUGCUUUAUCUUGGGUCUGCCAGAUGGGCCCCGGAACCUGGUGACGAGUACGACAGUGUCUCAGCCCACAGCAGCCCCGGGAGCCACGUCCCGUUGUGCGGGUGCUGUCUUCCCCAGGUCCUUCCCCUCCUGUCCUGAAAGGAGCAGACCUGGGCCUCGGGGUUAGCCAUGACACCUACAAAGACCCUGCACCCACAAAGUGCGUGUUGUCCCGGGGCCUGCCUGCAGCCCAGUCCCAUGCAGAGCAUGGCUCCCUUCACCGCCCAAGGACAAGGGGUCGGGCCCCUUCACAGCCUGACCCAUGGCCACCAGCUGAGCUCCUCUUCAGAAUCCCUUCCCAAAGAACCCGACAGAUCUGCUUCUGCAGUGCUGGGGUUAAAGGGCCUCAGCUUGGAUGGCGGUCAGCCAGCGUCUCCUGCUUCGGCACCCACCCACGCCGCUGGUCUAUGUGCAGCCCGCCUGGCUGUGCGCAGUGUCCAGAAACCUGGGUAUCCAGCUGCCCAUCUUCCUGCCGACAUGUCCCCCAGCUGGUGCAUGCAGGGUGGACGGGAGCUGCGCGAAGCGGAUCGCAGAGCUCUGCGGUGAUGUGCUGAGUGGUCAAAGACAGAGUCGGCCAGGCUCCGUUUCUUUCUUUUUUUUUGAGAGAGAGAAAGACAGAGAGAGAGAGAGAGUUUUUUUUAGUAUUUAUUUUUCAGUUUUCGGUGGACACAACAUCUUUGUGUGCAUGUGGUGCUGGGGAUUGAACCGGGGCUGCACGCAUGCCAGGCGAGCGCGCUACCGCUACCGCUUGAGCCACAUCCCCAGCCCUCCCCCUUGCAUUUCAUAGUAGUGAGAGUGCUCUGGAGAUUCCUGGAGCAGGAAGUUGGAGUAUGGAAUAGUGAUAAAGAAAUACACGGUGUGUGCUCUUUCAGGAGAUGUGUGUGGUGGCUGUGGAUCAUUUCACUCCCUUCUCAGAGAUGAGGAGACUGAGGGUCAGAGUGGCCACUGGCCUAGGAGCACUAAGGCAUUUUCUAGUCAUUUGAUCUGUUCCCAUUUUCUCUUCACUAAAGUGAAGAUAAUAUACUUUAAAAAAUAAUGCUUAUCUUUCAGGAUUCUUUGGGGUCCAAAUCCUUACCUGCGAAGAAUAAAAACUGAACUCGAAACACA